CAGUAAUGAUGUAGCAAAAGGUAAAGAAAUGUGAUUGUAAUGGUGAUUUGAUUGUGGGAUGACUUUUAACAAGCUAUGGCAGCAUAAUUGAGGUAAGUCAUCAAAAAACUUUAAAAUGGCAGAAAAUUUAUUUCAAGUACAUGUUAAAUCUUCAGCUGUUACUGACCUCGAACAAUCUGAGCUUUUUACCAGUGUAAAUUUACUAAAUCAAAAAGAAACUGAAUUUGUAAAGAGUGUAUCUUCAAAAGCAACAAGUGAUCUAACAGCAAAAGAAGCUCAAAAGUUAAAAGAAAUUGCUCGAAAACACGUAGAACCAACUGUUAGGGCGCAGUUAUGGCUGUUAUUGUCAGGAGGUGCAGAUGUUAAAAAAAAAACUCCUUCGUUAUACACUGAGACGUAUGAGGAGUUGUUUACCAAUGAUGACUUUGUUCCUGAUGGUAUGGAUGAUAAUCGAGAAUUUUUGACUUAUUAUUUAACACCCGAAGGUGGACAUAAGUUACGACAAGUAAUGUGUGUUGUGAAUCAUUUGAAUCCUGACAUCACGUUUUGCCCAUUGAUGGAACCAGUAAUAUCUCUGUUUCUUCAUUUUAUGAAUGCAGAAGAUUGUUUUGCAUGUGUCUCUGGAUUACUUAUGAACAAAACCAUGCCAUUUCUUGCACAAACAAAGUUCGAUAACGUAAUUGCUGAUGCAACUCUGCAAGACCUCUUCAAGCAAGUCUAUAAACAAGGCUAUGCCAGGUUAUCAUCAUUUGUGCAAAAUCAAUCUGAAAACCCAAAUAAUAAGCUAGUUUUAUUUCCAUUGUGGAGACGAAUGAUUUUUGAGAAAUUAAAUUUUGUGUGCUUGGUGCGUAUAUUAGAUUGUUUAAUUGUGGAAGGAUCGAAAAGCCUUUUUCGAGUUGGCUUAUUUUUAUUAGAUGCUUUUUAUGAAUAUUCUUUAGCUUUCAGAAAACUGGAUUGCAGUUCACCUCCUGAUUUACUAGCGACUGUAGGACAAUAUGCCACCGCUCUAAAGCUAUCAUCUGACUAUCUGUUAAAGACUUCUAUGAAGAUCAACAUUACCACCAAGCAAAUUGAGAAGUUCAACAAAGAUAACGGUGUGCUGCACAAAGAAGGUCGUCUUGAAUAUAAAAAAGAGAUGGCAGUAUCACAAGUUGUAGCUGUUGAUUUGAAUCAAGUAUCAGACAUCAUUAAACCCGACCAAUGGCAACAUGUGUGUCAGUGGCUACCAACUAGAAUACAAAUUCAACAACCGUUUCUUUUAUUCUCCACCAACAAAGAUGGUUACAAUUUAAAAACACUAUAUCUGCUUUGCGAAGACGAAGAACAGACACUGAUCAUCAUUCAAACAACAAAAAAAGAGAUAUUUGGUGCGUAUCUCUCGCGUUCGUUACUAGAGAGACAUGAUGGUCGUAGCAAUAUGAGUUAUUUCGGUACCGGUGAAACUUUUCUGUUUAAACUGUCGCCCUCAACAACUUGCUAUCAUUGGGGUAAAGCAAGCAAAAAGGAAGAGACGCAGGCUAAGAGUAAAUACGUGUUUGUUGACACGACUCCAGAUCCUGUCAAGGUGAAGGAAGAAAGCGAUGGUAACCCGACUAAAAGUCGACGAAAGUCGUUGAAGCGAACAUUCUCUCGGCAAGCAUCGAAAAGUGCUCGUGUUGUUCGUAACGACGCUCAACCACUUACUCUCAUCAAUAUCAAACGCAACGCAAAAUCUGUCCCUAGAUACCUAUUUCUUGGUAAAAGUAUCGAUCUACUCGAUCAUUCAGACAAUAAAAAUGAGGCAUAUGAUAGAAAAUUAUCUGCAGACCGAGUCAACUUGUCAGCGAAAAGAAAGCCUCUUAAAUCAGCCGAAACUUACGACGAGAGUGUUAAGAGACAGUUAAGCAGAGGGGAGAAUGUGAUUGAGGAUGUCAACGGAGAGGAUGUGUUUGAAAGUAACGACAACAGUGCUGCUGAGUCAAGCGUUAAGAAUAAUAAACGUAUUUUAACAAAAGGUUCGAACGUAGAGGAAACUUUUGAUGUUAUUGACGAAGAUGUUCCAAUGAGCGUUGUCGAAAAAAAAGUGAACUUUCAGAUGGGAGGUGAAACUACCGACACCGGAACGAUUGAACUGUUUAUAUCUUGUGACAAUUCGAGAUUGAUUGUUGGAGGAGGCGGAGGGGAAGGGCUCAGUAUUGAUGGUGAGAUACAAAAAGGACGUUCAAGUCGAUGCGAUACGUUUCAGAAUGAACCGUUGUCGUCAGAAGAAAAUGGUGACUUCAUUGUCGCACGGUUAGACGUCUUCGGCUUUCGGUAACACCGAACGUUCUGGGUUGCAUCUUUUUGUAUUAUAGCCUGUACAUAACAAAAUAAAUAGACAUUUUUACAAUUAUGAACAAAUUAGUUCUUAGUGCACUAAUUUAUGCGCAAAACAAAAUAAAUUUUAUUAUCAGGACCACUUUAAUUUAUUGAAUAAUUUUAUUAUUUUUACGAUUUUUUUAAACGUUAUUUAUUUUCGAAUCAUUUCAUAGGAUUUUGCAUUUUGUAUUUUUGUGUUGUUUUUCCAUAUGAAACGCCUUUUUUGUGAGCAGUAUUAUCGAACAAGGAAAGUGAAGGGUGGCAAUCUGCUAUUUCUUUCAUUGUAGUGCAGUGAAAUAUGUUAUUUUCGACCUACAAACAACGUCGUCAGCAUUUACGUCACAUAACUAUAUAAUACUACAAUGUGAGAUAUACGCGUAACCCUGCAUCAUUUAAAUUCUCGUUAUAUUUUAAUUCACAAAUUUAGAUGAAAAUGACUUUAUUUAUUAUUUGCAUGUUUUAAUUAGUAAAAUAAAUUCAUUUUUUAUUUAA